AGUGUAAGAUUGGAGCGUCUCUUUUGAGGACGUUCGCUCGGUUUUCGCGUGGCGAUAAUUGUUUUAAAGAAUCACAUUUGGACAGCGUUUGCUUGUCCGGACUCAGUACACAGUGUAAUAAUGUAUUUAAAGAGAAAAAGACACGAUUUCAGAAGUGUUAUUUUAUAGCGCAGGUGGUUUACAGGAGUAAGACGACUCGGUGAGCUGAUAUAAGAUGCACAGUAGUGAGACGGUGGCAGCGGCCCCGGCGACGGGUCCCAAUCUUCUGCUAGAGUUGGGCCGGCUCAUAGUCAGGUCGAGGAGCGCGAGUCCCGUUCGCGCCCCACCGGCCCCGUCCUCGCCCCACGACCGUUUGCUACACGCCAAACUGCUCGCCUCUAAACCGUCCACCAGCCAACAGAUCCAAACGCAGCCGAUAUCUGAUGUUGAAGAGUCAAAACCUGGAGUGGAGGGCCAGCUCAGUGACUAUGUACAAGCUCUGUGGACUGAUCAGAUCCCAGUUUGUAUUGAUGUAUUGCUGGCGGCAGACUGCCCUGAUUGUAGACGCGUGGCGCGCGCUGAUGAUGCGGCGUUCGAGAAACAUCUGAAGGGAUUGUUGCUGGAGAGAUGGACCAUGCACGCACUGCCCAGCAAGGGCAGUGUGGCCGCGUUCAUGUCCCCGGCGUGGUUGCUGAACGCUGUUCGUUCUCAGCUGCACUUCUCACAACUCACUGCCUGGCGAUGCACGCUCGCCGCCGCCACACCCGCACAAGACAGGAGACGUAAGCUGAGCCGAGAAACGUGCAACUUCAAAAAGAUCGAAGCCAACUGCGACGAAGAGGAUCUGGUGGAUGAGCAACGCAAACUGAACAUCGUCUACUCCAUCCGAACCCCUGGCGACACGUACCUAGCGACAGACUUCCAAAAGACACCGAUAAGCCAUCAGUUCCCGAUCACUGACAUAGGGAAUAACGUCCGCCUCAAAGUUGUCCUAGAAAGUCUGCCUAGGUUAGAAGAUAUACCUAAUGUCAAAUGUACCUGCCAAAAGAGGAGAGCUAGCAAAGAAAUCCCCGUCAAUAUACACGAAGAGAUAAUGGGGAAACUAAAUGAUCUCACUUUAGGGAAUAGGAAUGUUAAAUUUCCACCGGACCUCGCUAUAAACUCUAACACAGGAAACACUACAAGAAGACUAUCCAUCGUCACCAAUACGGCGUCCACCGAAUAUUUGUACACGAGUGAUGAGAAAGAUGAAAUGGUCGAUGAUAGAAUGCUGACGCCUUGCAGCGAGAACGGCAAGCACAAGUGCAAUUGCGACGAGGAAUCCGACGGAAAAGACAAUAAAACUUCCACUAGCAUUAAUGAGCCUAAAAAGUUAGACGAGAGAAGAUUGAAGGAGAUCGCGAAAUACAAAAGGCGUUUGCGCAAAGAGAGUAAACUGAAGAAACUAUCAGACAGUACUUCUUCGGAAGGAGACGCGCAGCAGAAAGCUAAAGAGACUCACACAUCGAUACCUAUAUUGCAAGCGGCUAGAUUCGACAGAUUCCGAGCGAUCGGAUGCUACAGAAAUCAGACUUAUUUGACGUUGCCGGCGAGCAGGAUCGAGAGCAAAUCGCCUUUUAUAGACGCAGCGAGCUUUCCACCGGUCGACGUGAAAAGGACGUGUACUGUCGCAACGCAAACCGAGGACUUAUCGUGCCCGUGUGGCAGUCUCAUACAAAUGAAGUGCGACGCGUGCAAUCAGAACAGAUUGGUCAGAUCGGAGGCGAAUUAUGACUUGGCUUCGUUAGACCAGAAGUCUAACGGAGCGAGAAGAAAAUGCGAGGAUGAAGAUAAAGUGUUUAAAAAGGCGAAAUGUGAUAAUAUUUGUAGUAAUAGUAAACAGUGUGAUAAUAUAAUAGAUAAUUCUAGUGUUAGUGAUGUUAUUAAGAGACCUAAGUUGAGGAGAUUCUUCCCCUUAAUGGAGAGGAUAGAGAAAGUCGUCACGGACAGAUCGCAGAAGGAUAUCGAGGAGUUGCACUUGAAGACGGACGAUACCGUGUUCUCUGUACCCCAGCAGGAGACAAAAAGGCAGAAGACAUUUUCGAUCAAUGACGAUGACUACGUUCUCUACGAAAAAUGUGAUUAUGGAACGUUCGAUAAAUGCGAGAGUGACACACCCGAUUCGCCGGUGGAUAAGAAUGGUUUUAAGUUUCCUGAGCCUCGAAACGGACAGGAGAACCAAGUGCCUUCUCCGAGCGAGAUGGAUAAAUUCAGAUGGAGAUUCGACUCGGCGGCUUCCAUGGUGUUUCAUACUAAGACUGGUCUACCUCUGACGUCGUCGCCAGCGCCAUUGCGGCGUGGCAACAAUUGUUUCGAUUUCGACGAUUCGAUCAAUGGCGUCUCUGGUAUAAAAAGCGCUCUAUUUCACCCGAUCUCAUCGGAGUCCCCGUUGCCGUCUCCCCCUGCGCCUCCGUCUCCCUCGUCGCCCGCGUCCCCCGCCUCCCCCGCGUCCCCUGCGCGCGCGCACACGUCCCGCAAGAGGGAAACCGCGCCGAAGCUGCGGAUGGGGACAAGCACUGGACUACUGGGUAGUUUCGAGGAGUCAGCGCUGAAGGGUCGCUUAGAGCCUGUGGCGACGGUGCAGGGUUUCAGUGCGGAGUUGGGCGCGUCCGGUGCGUACUGUCCGCCGCACCGGCAUCUGCCGGUCACCGUGUUCUUCUACGCGGCGGGCGGCACCAACGCGCCGUACAUGGGCCACAUCAACCUUGGCACUGCCGGUUAUUUGGUGCCACGCUCGGGUACUGUGCAAGUGUCCCUGUUCAACCCUCACGGCACACUCGUCAAGAUGUUCGUGGUGUUGUACGACUUGCGAGCGAUGCCGCCGCGCGCUAACACCUUCCUGCGGCAGCGUACGCUUUACCUGCCCGCGGCCGCACCGCCGCCACCGCCGCAUCUGCACCACAAGUGGCUGCGGUACCUCAUACAUCUAAGAUUCAUGACAUCGAAAUCGGGCAAACUUUAUUUACACACGGACAUCAGAAUAUUGGUAUCCCGAAAAGCUGACCUCGACACUGCCACUGCACAUUCCGUGUUCCGACCGUUAGCGAUAAGCGACGACAAAGCGACACACAACGACAAGGGCGCGGCCGGCCCCGACAAAACGGCGACAGAUCUCGACAAGGGCACGACGAAUCUCGACAAGGGUACGACGGAAAACGACAAAGGCUCGACGGAUCUCGACAAUGAUGCGACGCGUCGCUCCGAUUGUCGACCCAAUCGCGUCUUCGGCGGGUCGAGCGACUUCGAUUCGGAAAUAAAGAAUGAUUUGCGAGAGAUAGGUUAUGAGAAUCAAAACGGUGUGUCAUAUGAGUUGAGGAGUUUCACUUAUGCUCCAGAGAACCCUAGGUAUUCACCGCGGUAGAUAUGAUGUAUGUGUUAAUGAGAAAAUAUAUUUUUGGUUUUUUAUA